GGCAUAAAAAAAGACGGAACUGGUGUCAAUUUGUUCGAUUAAAAUUUUUCAAGGUGGUGCCCCAGCGUGGUCGCAGUCUGAUUACUGGAAAAGAUGAAAGAACUACUGAAUUCCUUCGUAAAACUUUAAGAUGAGGGAGGUAACUCUUGUUCACCUAUCUCAGUAACGCUAUGACUCUGAAACCUCUCGCGGUCGCUUUACCUGCUAGAAAUAGCAACCCAAAUGCUUUUAAAUCAGAUCCUAAUGCUGGAUGUUCAAGAAACAAAUACAGGGCAGGUUUUCAAUCCCGGGAUUAUCUUGAUUCCAAAAAGGUGUAAUAUGUCUAUGUAAAGGAAAUGUAGACUGAGAUACAGAGGUUCCAGACGGACAGACACAAUUUCGCUUUUAUUAAUACAGAAGAGAAAAAUUCUUUCUAGUAUAAUAUAAAUUUGACGUGAUGGGAGAGGGACUAGUUGAUUACAUCAACUCCAGUUCUCAACAGAUACUAAAUUUAUCGACCCAGAAAGGAUAAAAGGCAAAGACGACUUCACCGGAAUUUGAACUCAGAACGAAAAACCGAAAGAACUAUCGUUAAGAAUUCUUCCGGCGUGCAAAUGAUUCUUACAGCUCGCCGACUUUUUUUAAGAGAGAAAAAUUUCUUAAGAAUAUUGUUCUCAUAAUUACCUCCCCUGGCUGCUUUGAAGCAUCAAUCGCUUCUGCUUCUGCUUCUGCUUGUGGUUCCAUUCUAAAAACAAAAACAAUAAGAACUGAAUUUUAACGUAUGUCAUAUGCUUCAGGGCCUCCCUCAACUUCAGGAUGUGAACAGGAACAACAGAAGCAAAAACAAACAAAUUGGUCACUGUGGUUUAUACAUUUAACCCCAGAAUAAUGAAUAAUUUGAUUGAUGAAAACUAAAGGAUAUAAACAGAUGACACAAGACUAGACAGCAGGGGAAAAAAAAAAAAACAGAAAGAAAAAAAAGGAACAAACACUACUCAAAUUUUUUCUGUUCCAACACAACAAAACUAUUUUACCAUGGUUUUCGAAAUAAAUUCUUGUUGAUUUGGAACUAUUUUUUCUGGACAUAUACCAAUAUUGAACACAGGAAAGUUGACAAAAACAGCCAAAAUGGAGUUUAUUACAAUGGAUAAUUUCCAGUACAUGGAACAAUAUAUUGGAGAUGUACGUGAACAUAAGAAAUCUAUAGACAUAGGAGAAUGUCCACUGUGUAUUAGCUGUGCAACAUUAAACACAGAUGACGUAAAAGAAAUUCUUGAAGAUGAAAAUAUUGAAAACAACCAAAGUACUUUAGAUGGCAAAACACCUUUGCAUUUGGUCUGCAUUCCAAAGGAGAAUUCUAAGAGUUUUACAAUCAUCAAAUUACUGCUUGAAAGAGGUUUCGAUGUUAAUGCAAAGGAUGAUAAAGACAGAACUCCUUUAUAUUUUGCAUGCAUGAACCUUAAUGCUCAGCUCGUCAAAAUCCUCAUUGCAGCUGGGAGUCUAGUAAAUGUUACCAUUUCAAGUGGAUUCACACCUUUAAAGCUAGUCUGCAAGGCUGCUGAAGACACACUAAACUUUAAUAUUGUUCCAGCUUUAAACAUUGCCAAUCUGCUCUUAAGAGCUGGUGCUCAGAGGGAUGAAACUUGUUUGCCAGUUGCAAUCCAAUAUGGACAGUACAGCCAUGUAAAAGAACUUCUAGAUUCUGGAAUGAAUGUUAACAUGUUGGAUGAGAGUGGACGUAGUCCUCUUGGAACUGCAUGCUCUAUGAAAACAGUCAGUGCUGAUGUUGUGAAACUUUUACUUUCUUACGGAGCUAAUGUAAACAUAGGGGGUGCUUGGACAAAACAAAAACCACUCAUAUUUGCUUACGCUCACAAUUCAUUUAGCAAAAUCAAAAUUCUUCUGUCCUAUGGAGCUUCCAUCACUUCUGAAGAAAUGACAGCUCUUGUGUCAAUGAGUCUUUCAAAAUCAAUUCUUGAAAAUCCAGAGAUUGUUACUUUCCACAGCAAAGAGCUACUUUCAUGUCGUAUAUUGCUAGCUGCUGGCUUCACACCAAUUGUCCAUGGCGUAUUAGGAAUUAGCCAUGAUUUAACGACAAAAAUUAAUCAGGUACAAAUGUGCAGUAGUUACCAGCAUGUUGCACCUUGGUUUAAACUGCUUAUCUACCCACACCGCUCAUUAAUGGACUGGUGCCGAAUAAGCAUUCGCAGGAACUUACGUUAUUGCAUAGAUGACAGCAUUAAAGAGUUGGAAAUUCCUUUGGAACUUAAACAUUUCCUAUCACUCAAAGAAUUCACAUGAUGCCAAACCCAGACCUAUUUUAAUAUUUCAUUUUAUAUUCUACCUUUUGCAGUUGGUACCAUCAAUGUGAAGGACAAUCAUUGCAUUUGUCAAUCCAAUUUCUCUGAAGAACUGGAAUGCCUAAAUACUACAGCCAUCCUUGGUGCUACACUAAAUUCUUUCCUAAUAACACCUGAAAAGCAAAUUCUAAUGCAAAACUGUAAAACUCUCAGUACGUGUUUGUGUGUGUGUAUAUAUAUAUAUAUAUAUAUAUAUAUAUAUAUAUAUAAAUAUACAUAUAUGCAUAUAUAUAGUUGCUGUUUAUUUAUUUUGUGAUACUGAACCAAAAAAGAGCUCAUGACAAUCUUUUGUUAGAAGUGUGUGUUGAGUCUGACACUCAUUGAUGUAACAGGAUUACAUAUACACCCUAUGCUCAAACGUAAAGAUUUCAUGCAGUCAACCAAUCCACUGUAUUGCAUGCUUGACUGUAUUCAUCAAUGCACUGUGAAAUAAGUACAUACAUACAUAUAUAUAUACAUACAUACAAAUAUAUAUAUAUACGUAUAUACAUACAUACAUACAUACAUACAUACAUACAUAUAUAUAUAUAUAUAUAUAUAUAUAUAUAUAUAUAUAUACAUAUGAAAUUUUAUUUACCAUAUUGAGUACUCUCUCACUCACUGUCCUUUUACACACAAAAAUAUUGGUGUAAAAACACACACACACACACGUACAUACGUAGCUACUUUUGAAGCAGUUACAAAUAAGGAAAUUAAGAAAAAAAAUGAAAAGUCUUUCAAAAUUCAUAUUUUUUAAGAUAGAAUUUUUUUUUUUUUAAAGAUUUUAAUCAUUCAAAGAAGCUCUUGUUUGAAAUUAAAACAUAAGGUUUCAUCUAUUGUGAUUGAUUGAUUAAUUGAUUUGAUAAUUGAAUUAAUAUUGAUGACAGUCUGGAAUGUUAUGAUGGAGAUAAUACAAUUUACAAAAAAUAUAUAAAUAAAAACAAAAAGCAGUUAAAUCUUG